AUGCUAACUCUAUCAGAAAAGGAGAAACAAAAUGCUCUUAAUGAAGUAAGAUUACUUGCAUCAGUGAAUCAUCCGAAUGUAGUUGGAUACAAGGAAUCUUUCAUCGAUGAAUCAACCUCGACAUUAUGUGUAGUUAUGGAGUAUGCUGAUAACGGCGAUCUCUUAAGUAAGGUGACCGAGCAUCAAAAGAAGGGCACUCAGUUUAGAGAAUAUGAAAUCUGGAAUUAUUUCGCUCAGAUGCUCCUCGGAUUAAAAGCACUUCAUGAUUUCAAAGUCUGUCAUAGAGAUCUCAAGUGCGCAAAUAUUUUUGUUAAUCUUAAGGGAGAAAUUAAGCUCGGUGAUUUCAAUGUUUCAAAAGUAGCUAAAAAGGGGAUGCUUUACACUUAAACUGGCACUCCUUAUUAUGCUAGCCCAGAGGUCUGGAAAGAUCGUCCAUAUGACUCAAAAAGUGAUAUCUGGUCCAUUGGAUGUGUUUUGUAUGAAAUGAUAGCAUUGAGACCACCUUUUAAGGCUCAUGAUUUGAAAAGCUUGUAUAAGAAAGUGGUAUCAGUAGAUUACCCUCCAAUUUCUUCAAGUAAAUAUUCAACUGAAUUAGGGAAUCUAGUGAAAAGUAUUCUUUAAGCGAAUCCUGCAGUAAGACCUACAUGUCUGCAAAUGCUCUAAUAGCCUUAUCUCUAAAAGCAAGUUAUUGAUACAAGAAUUGCUGAUCAUAUUAGAAUUGCUUGUGAAAAUAAAUAUAAUCCUUACAAUGAUGAAGAGUAACUUCUCAACACAAUAAAAAUGCCUAGAGCUCUGAAGUAACUUCAAGACAAAUUACCAAAGGCAAAUUACAAACGCUAACUCAGCUAGCCAACUAGAAUAGCAGCUAAUAAUAUUCUAGGGAAUGGGCCAACUUAGGAUUCAACUUCAAAUCCUAUUACCCCUAAGUAUGAAAAAGUCAUCAAAGAUCUUCCAAAAGCUCCAAGACCUAUCAGUGGCAGAGUAGGAGGAGUCCCUCACAAAUACCCAUCUUUAAACCCCUCUUAAAACCCAUCAUAAAAUAUGCUUGAUAUUAAUGCAAUGAAGCCCCCAAAGUAUCAUAACUAUUAUGAGGAUUAGUUCUCCUCAAUUGAGAAUAAAGAGAAUCUUGCUCUGAACAAUUAUAACAAGUAUAGAAAAGCCUCAGAUGAUGUGAGAAAAAGUUCAAAUAAUAACAGUGGUAAAAAUACUAUAGAAGAUAUCAAUGAGAGAGACCGCAGAUAUGGCCAUAGAAAUUCAAAUGAAAGAGCUCACAAGUAGCUAUACAAUAAUUAUAUUUCGAAUGACUUUAAGCUCAGUAGAGACCCAUCUUAUAAUGGAUAAUCAUAGCAUCAUAGCUACGAUAGAUCUAACAACAAUCCAGUAAGUGGGAUUCCAUCUUCAAAAGCUAAUUAUGGAUAUGUUCCUUAAAGAAUUUCAAGAAAUUCCCACAAUACUAGCAGUAACAAUGUAAACAGCAACAAUAUUCCAAUGUACUAUGAUCAUCUCAGAUGA